AUGCGUUCGUCGUCCAAUUCAGGGAACGAUGAUGAUGUCGAUGUCUUGCUGCGCGCAUCCACGUCGUGCGUCGAUUUCAAGUCCGCGUUAAAGACACACUGCGACUUCACCGAGGAAGACAUUGUUCGAGUCUAUUCAAAGCACCCUUUGGUGGCAUCCUACGACGUCGCGGGGGAAAUCGUUCCAAGAAUCAACUACUUGAAGUUUUUGCAAGAGCGAAACCGACUCGGGAACGAGGAUGCGAAAGAGUUCGUCCUCCGGCAACCGCAGUGUUUGGAGCGCAAGUUCCAAAUUAUCCACGAAGACUUAAAGCUCGGGUACGUCGCGCUGAAUAAACCGUUCGACGUGAGGUUGGAUACGCCGCGAGGGUGGCCCGGGAAAGUGAGGUUUACCGCGAAGUUCGACGGCGACGCGAGUUGCGAGGAUUUUUUAAACGCGAGGUUUCCGGGCGAGCACGUUCGUUUCUGCCAUCAGUUAGAUAACGCGACGAGCGGAGUGUUGUUGUGCGCGUUGACGAAGAAAGCCGCCGGCGUUGCCGCGAAGAUGUUUCGGGAGAGGAGGACGAAGAAGUUUUACAGCGCGGUUGUUUUUGGAUGGCCGGAGGAGAAGUUUUGGACGAGUACGAAGAAGAUUGGGAAGGACGAGGAGGACGAGACCGGGUUCAGAGAAAAAGUGAGGGAGGACGAGGGAGGAAAAGAGUGCAAGACGGAGUUUGAAGUUCUCAAGAGAGGCUAUUUGACCUUGGAAGGUAAACAUUGGAAUAAAAGAGUGAGUUUAGUCCGAGUGAGGAUAUUCACGGGGAGACGACACCAAAUUCGCGUGCAUUUAAAAGAUUGCGGAUUUCCAAUCGUCGGGGACGCGGCGUACGCCGACGAUGAGGAUACCUAUCGAACUUUCUUGCACGCCGAAGAUUUAGAGUUGUUCCACGACGUCGCGGGCGUAGAGUACGAUAAGAAAACGAAUAAAAAGAAGGUGAAGAGACAGAAGGGAAAGAAAAGCCUAAACGCAGAAGGAAUAGAAGAAGGAGUAGAAUCUGGCGGCGGCGACGAAGUAGAAGGAAAAGAAGUAGAAGAAGACGGCGACGGGAGCGAGGUGACGGGCGAAAACAUGUUGAAAUUACACGCCCCUAGGCCGAGCGCGUUUGACGACGUCAUUAGCGAUACCGAUCAAAACGCGCGCACAUAG